ACGGGUUUAUUAUCGAAGGAGCACGAACCUAAUCGACCUAGGGCUUCGAGAAGCCACUGCAGAUGGAGGCAAAGGCUAAGAAAACCAAUUCUAAGCAGAAGAUGAAGGAGACGAAAAAGAUCAGGGAACAUGCGGAUGAUUCGAUUGGUAGCCACCAGCCUGCUGAGAGCAGUUACCAAGGGUUAACAGUACUCAAAGAGGUUGCGACACUACACAAAGAACACCUAGAGCAGUUGGCAAUAAAGAAGAAUCAGAAGAAGGUGAAGGAUGAAGAUGCUGGGAAAGCUGUUGCUUCUGCUGGAAGACAUGAAGAAUCUGUGACAGAAGCCUGGAAAGCUGAAGAAGCUGUGACGGUGGGCAGCAGCAAAUCAGCCAUGAACCAACAGGUGAUCAGUCUGGAGGCUGAAGAAUCAGUCCGGAGAAGUGUGGAGGCUAUUUACUCAAGGAUGCCACCAGAAUAUCGGGAGAAACUGAUAAAAGAGGAAGCAGCGUCGGAGGAGGCACAUAAUGCUAUGAUGGCCAACUUCAAGAAGCUUUCAGAGAGAAAGAGGAGUGGGAAUUCAGUGUGCGACGAUUUGGAGAACAAACCUACAUAUCCCAGUGCCACUAUGUCAAUGCGAGAGUACUCCGUCCAAGAUGAUCUUGAUCAUGACAGAGGCAAAUCACCCACACAAGUGGCCAAGAGUGAUGUAGCCAAGGCCAUGGUUUCCGAGGCGGAGAGUUUCGCUUCACACCGUUUCCUCUGGGAGUCUCAAUGGAGGAAAACCUGUGGUUUAUUCACAGAUAUAACGGUUCUGAGUUCCAUGCAGUUUACACACUACACACCUGGAUACAGUCCUUACAGCAGUUUCUGUUCCACCCCGAAAACCUUGCAGAUCUUCUCCAUCAAACUCGCAAAACUUUAUAGUGGCCUUGAGUUUCCGUUGUCUGUGUAUGGCGUGGUUGCCGUUCGGGAUACCGUGGAUCACAAUCGAAACCUUCUCUUCUAUUGCGAUAGAAGCGAGGCCCAAGAACUGACACAUGAUGAUCCUUUUCUUCACUUGAUUGGUCCAUCCCGUGCAGUCGUAAACAUGGACGGGGUUUGCAUUGAAGUGGAACUAAAAGUAAAAGGCAGGGCAGGGUCUAAAGAUAAAGCGUUGUUAAGUACUGCACACCCUUACAUGGGAGAACACCAUACUGGGUUGUCUAAAAUCACCUUGUACAACGUCUUGUGCACUCUACAUUUACGCUUGCAGCAGGUUAAACAAACUGUCCAGGCCACUAUCUUGGGUGUCCAGGUUGUCAAAGAUGAUGGGUCAUGGCCUUUUGAAUAUGGUGGCCUUGUUUCUUGCUGCCCACUAUCAGAGGAAAUGCUGGCCCCUAAUAGUGGAUUCAGGCGUAAUAUGCCGAUUGUGUUGAUUGAUUCAAAAGAUAGAGCGAUGCUGAAAGGUGCUAGGGGUCAUGUACAUCUGUGGAGGCAAGUUGUUUCUGUAGAACAUCAAGGAGCGUUGGACGUUGUCAUACAAGCCUACUCCAAAUAUGGUGCUGCCCCUCACAGAACUUGUGUCCGUUUCAAGCCCAAAUUUUGCAACAUAAGCCAGGAGAAAUGUAUCCUUCAUGAUGCUGAAUUAACUAUUACUAUUGCUUGGUCCUGUGUGGCGACGAGCAAGAUGGGGCGAGUUGCGUUAGAGAAUCGCGUCGAAUCAGCCACACCACUGACGGCCGCUGAAGAGGAGAUGAAUUUCGAGGCAGAGAGAUUUGCGUCAUACCGGACAUUCUGGGAGUCCAAAUUGAGGAAAACAUGUGGUUUAUUCACAGAUAUAACGAAUCUGAGUUCCAUGCAGUUUACACACUACACACCUGGACGCCGUCCUUACAGCAGUUCCUGUUCCGUCCCAGAAACCCUGCAGAUCUUCUCCAUCAAACUCACACGAAUUGAUGGUGGCCUUGAGUUUCCAUUUUCUGUGUAUGGUGUGGUUGCCAUUCGAGACACCGUGGAAUGCAACCGAAAUCUUCUCUUCUCUCGUGAUAUUAGCGAGGCCCAAGAACUGAAACAGAAUGAUACAAUUCUGCACUUGAUUGGUCCAUCCCGUGCAAUUGUGUUUACAGACAAGGUUUGCAUCGAAAUCGAACUAAGAGUAAAAGGUGCAGCUGGCUCUCAAGAUAAAGCAUUGAUCAGUUCUGCACGCCAUUACAUGGGUUGCGUUUCCACCAUCUGCUUCAAGAAUGUCUUCUGCACGCUAGAGUUGUGCUUGGAGCCAGUUAAACAAACGGUCCAGGCCACUAUCUUGGGUGUCCAGGUUGUUGUCAGAGGCGACAGGUCAUGGCCUUUCAAAUACGGUGGUCUAGUUGCUUGCUCCCCGCUAUCAGGGAAAGUAGUGGUCAAGGAUGGGCAAUUCAGUCGUGAUAUCGAUCCCUCAGCCCACCGCUCAGCCACCCAGAUUGUGUUGAUUGAUUCGAAAGAUGAAGCCAUGCUGAAAGGUGAAGAUGGUUAUGUACAUCUGUCGAGGCAAGUGGUUUCUGUAGAACUACAAGGAGUGUUGGACGUUGUCGUCCAAGCCUACUCCAGAUCUGGUGUUAUCGCUGCUGCAACUCGUGCCCGUUUCACGCCCAGAGCUUGCAACGUAAGCCAGCAGAAAUGUCUCCUUGAUGACGCUGAGGUUUAG